AUGGCUACCUCUGCCGUGCACGACCCCUACCUCGCGAUGCCUUUCAUGUCACGACUAUUAGACUCAUCAGCCUCUCACCGCGGUCUCAAACGCCAACGAUCCACUCGACACAGACACACUCGCUCAGACUCACAGAUGGCCCUCUUUGCCACUCGAUUCCUCGCUCCACCAAGUCGCAAGUCUAAAGAACGGAAACGCGACGAUAUCGACGAGUACCUCUCGUCAGACUUGGAAGCCUCCUUUGCAUCCAAUGUGUCCCUCAACUCGCCUCCCAGGCGCCAUGCCCAACUCUCGUCAGAUUGCGACGCAAUGGACAUUUCUCCCAUGCCGCCCCAACGCCACGGGCUCUUGAACGUCCCGUCAUCAAAACCUGCCUCGCGGCCCCGCGCGCUCACUACCAGCAGCUCCCGCCUGUUCGGCAGCGAUAUCAGCAACAGCAGUCCCUCCCUUCUUCCUAGUCCUAAGUUCCCAGAAGGAAAACUAUCGACUAACAGUGGAACCGCUAGUGGCAAGAAGCUUCAGCGCGCUGCCUUGCCCGUAGAAUGGAUGUCCGCAAUGCGGUCUCCAGAAGAACCAGAGAAACCUACCAUUCCAACUCAACCCUCCUCUCCAAUGGAUGACGCCAUGGAUGUGGAUACUUCGUAUCACCUAGAUCCUGAGCCUGUCUUUGAACCCGUCAACUUCUCACCCGAGCCCAAAUCCGCCGUCCCUACCGUCACCGGCUUCAACAACCUCUUCUUUGACACACUAUCACCCCGUCGAUCAUUCGAAUCCCCCCGCGGACCAACGACCAAGAAGCGCCGCUCAUUCUCUCCCGAAUCCAACCGCGCCAUCAACAAAGAUGCUGAUUCCUCUCCUGGCAUGUUGGCUUCGUCUCCCUCGGACUCCAGACUGGAUCGUGUGUCGAAUGCUGCUACCAGUCGCAACGGCAAGCCUACUCUCCAAGGUCUUGGUGCUCCCGCACUUUUCAUGAAGCGCGGACGCCGUCCCGUUCUCUCGGAAAUGAUUCAACCAUCGGACUUUGACAUCCAUUCUGCGCAUCCGGAUAUGUCUUCGGGCCUUUCACAGGAAGAGAGUAGUCCCGCCCCCGCUGCGCCUCCAGUGAGACGCGCCUUCUCCGCUUUGCUUCCUCCUUCCAUCUAUGCUCAAGGAGAGUCCGACUCAUCGUUUGAUGGCCCUGAUAUGUCGUCCCCUGCCCAGGCGUAUGCGAAGCGCCAACAAGUCAAGACCAUUAGGCGUUGUGACGGCACUGAGGACUUUAGGCCGUUGACUGGUGCGAGCGCCCUCGUCAUGAAGGACAGUCCUUCCCGGCGCUUUUUGGCUCCUGGCUUGCCUGGCUUUGGCGACAACGAGGCUCAUGGCAAAAUUCUCCCUUGCCACCGCGUUACCGAGGAUGGCCUCAUGAGAAUAUCUGUCCCGACGUUGGACGACCUUUUGGAUGGCAAGUACGAUGAUCAGAUUCACGACUACCAUGUGAUCGACUGUCGCUUCGAUUACGAGUAUGCUGGUGGCCAUAUCCGUGGCGCGGUUAACAUCAACACGACCACUGCUGUCGAAGAGCUGCUGCUUGGGCCCAGCCUGACGAAACCGAAACCAUCGGUCAGUGGGGAUAGUACCAGGAAGACUAUCCUCGUCUUCCAUUGCGAGUUCAGUGCCAAGCGAGCCCCUACCUUUGCGAAGCAUCUGCGGGCCAGGGAUCGUGCCAUGAACAACCAUGUGUAUCCCAAGAUCCACUAUCCUGAAGUUUACAUCCUUGAAGGCGGCUACUGCAACUACUUCAAAACCUCCGGUCGUAAAUGCGAGCCAAACGCGUACGUGACUAUGGAUGAUCCUAAUCACGCCCUGUCCCGUCAGCAAGAUUUGGACCAAUUCCGCAAGGCUAAAUUCGGUCGUCACAAGUCCUACGCUUAUGGCGAUGGUCCUUUGAAGAAUGCCCUCAGCCAACAACUUCAACCCAAGCGGAAUACCGCCCCCGCUGGUCUCUUCGCUGCGGGCAAUGCUGCUCGCACCCGUCGCGCUGGUACAGUCUCGUUGGGCACUCUUGCCGAGGACGCCAACACCACCGCUGAGACUGGCGACGACACGGACACCGACCUUGGUGACAGCCCUUGUCCUCCUCCGAACAAGGUGGCCGCUCUCAAGAUGAACAAGAAACCUCUCCGCCAUCUUGUUCGCUCGGAGACUUAUGGUCCCACUCGCAUGCCGCUAAACUUCCACUAA